AGCCCAAGUGCCAACUAUGGAGCCCAUUGCAAGCUGGGAUCCUCCGAGGGUGGCAGCCUGGAUGAAAGGAUUGGAUCCGGCCUUACAAGACUACCCAUUUGAGACAUGGGGCCUGAAUGGGAAGAGGCUGCUCCGUCUGUCCUAUCGGGACUUGGAGGCUUUGGGCAUGAGCCAAGUUGGCCAUCAGGAGCUGCUCCUGGAAGCGGUGGAACAACUCUGCGUCUUGAACUAUGAGCUGUCGACGCUGAACCUGCGGAUUCUGACGGAGAAGCUUCAAGGGGUCAUUCGGACAAUCCAGGCAUUUAUCAUGAGCCAUCGAAAAGUCAGCACCUACAACGGAGAUGCCGUUGACAAGCCCACCUCAGACCUCCUGGCCUGCGUUGUAGAGCUGAUUGGGGCUGCCAAAGGUCUCUUCUUAUGGCUCAACAGGUAUCUGUUCUCUCAACUGCAUGAUUACUCAGCCAGCCGAGACAUCAUCUGGCUCUGCGGAGACUUGGCAGAGAUUGUACAGAAGGACUGCACCGUCUCUGAGAGGGAGGAGAGGAUCUUGCUGAUUGGAAGACACAUCUUUGGGAUAUGUGAACAAAUCUUGACUCACAGUCCUGUCAACCUCCUGAAUCAAACUGCCAUCUUGGAGACAGUGGAGCUGGUGCCAACGGGGCCAGAAGACAGUUUGGGCAUUGAGAUUAAGUCCUCACCUUCUUGUCUCCAUUUCAUAUCAGGAACUGCCCCAGAGUCCCCUGUUGAACACUGCAACAGAGUCCUCCCAGGAGAUGAGAUAGUACAAGUCAACGGUCAGGUCGUGGUAGGCUGGACCCGGAUGAAUCUGGUGAAGAAGCUUCUUGAGGUACCAGAUCGGGUGACUCUGGUGCUGAAGAAAAUCCCACUUGUUUUUGUAGAAUCCUCUAGUUCCCCUGGAUCUCCUCCUCAUCAACAGGCGCUGGACAGUUUCUUGGAUGCUUUGGAACCGACACGCCUUGGGAGUGAUGAGUCUCCGACAAGUUCUGCUUCCCCAUCUUCCAGUGUGAUGGCUGAACUAGAACAGGGCCCUGAUUCUGCACUAGAUCUCCCUACUAAUGAAGAAGAGGAGCAACAAGGCAUUGGCUCAAGGAAUUCAGAGGGCAACAUUCACGGCUUCAUGGGGCAUAUAUCUGGGGCAGAUUCUCCUCCAGGAGCAUCAUCUGAUCUUGCACAGGAAGAGCAGAGCUUUCAGUCCGUUUCAGAGGGACACACGACCCCAGAGACUGCCAGCCCUAACAAGCCCAGGACCUUGGAACUUGGGUUGCAAAGCCCACCAAGCCCUGAGCAUGGAUUUGUCCGAGGAAACAGGGGCUUGGGAGCUACUGAUCCAGCCAAAGAAGCUUCUCGGGGGAGCAUUGAAUAUCGAAGAAAGCAGAAAGGCAUGGCCACUAGGUUAAGCCGACGGCGCAUCUCUUGCCAGGAACUGGGACAAGUAGACUGCGAUGGCUGGCUCUUGAAGAAGAAGGACCAUGUGGGCUUCAUGGCCCAGAAAUGGAAACGAUUCUGGUUUGUGCUGAAGGGGCAGACUCUUUACUGGUACAACAAUCCAAAUGACGAAAAGGCUGUGGGCCUCAUCAAUGUAUCUGCCUAUAGACUGGAAAGCACCAAGGAGCAGAAAAAGAAAUAUGUUUUCCAAUUCACACAUGAGAAGUACAAGCCCUUCAUCUUUGCAGCAGAGACCUUGGCUGACCUGAGUAUCAUGUCCAUAUACAAGGAAAACAUUUGGGAACCUGGUGAGGAAAACAUUUGGGAACCUGGAGUGAUCUCUUCUCUUCCUAGGUGGGUCAGCCGCUUGAUAACAUCAAUGAUGAAAUACACUCCGACCCACAAAUCUGUCCCACCCCAGCAAGAAGAUUGCUACAGUGAAACAGAAGCAGAGGACCCAGAGGAUGAUUCUCCUAGGCAUAGCCUUGAGCGGCCAAAGCGGAGGGAAUUGGAGAAAGAUCGACUGCCAACAGGUGCCACGGGGAGCAGUGAAUCCCCAUGCAAGAGUCCUCUGGACAGCCCUGUCCUAUGGCAAAAAGAAGAGACACAUAUAGUGCCUUCCUCUCCCACAGAUCCUGCCGGAGAAGAACUUGAGUCACUGAUCAGGUGCCUGAAGCAAGGUGGGGUGUCUCUCAUUGGGAAGCAGCAGGUGUUCACCCGCGAAUACUAUCGGAAAUCCUUUGUCAAACGCAACAAAAACCCAGAGAUCAAUGAGAAAGUGCAUCACGUCCGGACACUUCAAAGCACACUUAAGGCAAAAACCGCUGAGCUCCAGCUACUUGAUAUUCUCCUGGAUGACUCUGAGCUGACCUCUGAGAAAUUCAGGCACUGGAAAGAACAACAUCAGGAGUUGUACCAAGAAAUCCAGGCAUGGUGGGCCAAGAAAGUUAGCCAAGAGAAUGGUGCAAGAACAGACUCUGUCUCGGACAUUCACCCAGAGGAUGCUGUUGCUGCAGCUGCUGCAGCUCCAUAAACCCUUGUAGGCACAACGUAUGCUGGGUUUAAAAGCUCCAUGCAUUGGCACAGGUGGAUAAUUUUAGACUGGACUUAGUGGUCCAAUAGGAACUGGAGGUCCACAUUUCGGAUGACAAGUAUAUUACUUGUUAUUUCACCAAUGUGGUAAAUCAACUCUGCUACUUUGGGAGGACUUUCUUGUUUAUUCUGCUGGACAUCUGCUCCAGAAUCCUACCUUUCUGGAAUCCUUGUUUCCAGACUGUCCUCUCAUUCAAAAGAGUUGGCCAAAUGGUUAUUAUUGCAGAACCGAGAAAAAAGGAAGUUUGUUCACUGCCUAUUGGACAUCUGGAUUUUAAAAAGCAAAGACAUUUUGAUGGUUUAAAAAAAGAAGCAGCAGAAACAGAAGAUGGCAUUGACUCCUGGUGGAUCAACAAAGAGACAAGACAAAACAGGUCAAGAUUCAGAGUUGCUUCGAGCAAUGUCCUUUCCUGCCAAAGAAAACAAGAAUUUCUUCAGCAUGUUUCAAGUUGAAACGCCUUCCUCAGCUGUAAUUUAAUAACUAAAAAGACAUUGUAGUUAAUCAUAAUUAAACUCUUAAAUGACAGUAGUUCACAGCCAGAAAUCAGUUUUGUUUAAGAGAAGUGGGCUAAAUGUGUGAGAUGAAGUGACAUUUUCUACUUGGGCAAAUAAAUAGUUAAAAGUUAGUUUUUAAAAAACAUAGAUUUGACUCUGUCAGAUGGACUAUUUUGCCUUGUUUCUCUGGUUAUAUUUACUGUAUCUUCAAAAAGCCAGGCUGCAAAUUAUCAGGUAAUAAUAAAAGGUAUACCAAGUG